AUGAGCUCAAACUUAUCAAAUGACGAGGAUGAGAUACUCGGCAUUGGCGAACAUCUCCUCUCCAUUCUUGAAGAUAUUCAGUCGACAGGGUCCUUCCUGACAGGAGAAAAUAAGGCAACUGCUAUCGACCCGGGACUUUUUAUCCCAAGCCUUGGAACGAUUGGGCUUCCUAUAUCGCCAGACAACACCAGGGCAAUAAUCCAGCUUUGCGAUAUGAGCCCCUAUGGAAAGGGAACCGAAACUCUAGUCAAUCAUUUAGUACGAAAAACCUGGCAACUAGAUGCAAAUCAAUUUUCUUUCCAGAAUCCUGAUUGGAACCGGCAAUUAGCGAUUUUCGUGGACCAGGCUGUGUCUGGUCUUGGCCUUCAAGCGAACGCUUUGGAAGUCAAGGCUGAGCCGUAUAAGUUGCUUAUUUAUGAAGAGGGCGCAUUUUUUUCGGCACAUCAAGAUUCUGAAAAGGCCGAUGGGAUGUUUGGUACCCUCAUUCGUGUCGAAUUUUCGACGGCGGAAGUCUUUGGAUUUGGCUUUUCAUGGGCUGCUUGGUAUGCCGACGUCACGCAUGAGGUGAAGCCUGUUACGUCCGGUCAUAGAGUAGUCCUUGUUUACAGCUUGAUCCAUCGCCCAACAGCUUCACUCCUCAAGGUGGGCGCGAACAAAACAAAAAGGUUGACUGAUUGCCUUGAUCUUUGGUCCCGCACUGCCGAAGCCCGGAUAGAACGAUCGAGUAAUAUCUAUGGCGGAGGUUGGGAAAUAGACUAUGAUGCGGGUUGCCCACCGGCACUCGUGUAUACGUUCGAACAUAAGUAUACCACCGCGGAGCUCGGUUUCGAUCGGCUGAAGGGAGUUGACCAAUCUCGAUUUGCGGAACUACACAUAACAGAUGUCGAGACCACACUCAACUUAGUACGUGUGAUUGACCGCGUUGGUGCUACAGUCGUAACAGACCUACCGUUCCCGGAAGACAUGCUACUUCCUGUAGGCGUUCUUGACCGCAGUCCCGACGAUGAAGACUACGAAGGGUACACAGGGAAUGAAGGGGCUUCGGCGUCUCAUUUUUAUACGGAGACCGGCGCGUUGAUUAUCCCGAAGGUAUUUUCUUUCUCGUUUGAGCUCCAACAGCUAAUAACCAGCAGGAUUAGUUUCCCAGAAACCUUGGGAAAAUAUAGGAAGGCCCUUUCGGAAUGUCCAAGCGAUGUCCUCACUAGGCAAAGACUCUUGAAAGUGUGCAGGCUACUGUCGGAAUGCCACUACGCCAGUGAAUCACUCGACAAAACACAAGACGAGAUCAUGCAACUUGAUUUUGAGCUUGGUGACCUAGAUUUACUUAGCUGCGGAAUGAGUAUACGUAAUCGCAAGGUUUCGCCCUUAGGGACCGUCCUCGUUGCCAGGACUAUUGUACAACAUGGCCUUGAUGCCAUUCGUCUACCACAACAGAAUCAACAGCCGUCGGGUGAGGUGCUCGAAUGGGAAAACGGCAAAUUUGACCAUAUCCUCUCCGCAAACAUUGGGAACUCGGCACCAAGUGGACGUCGUUUGGCAUUAGAACUGAAUGAUUUACUAACACACGUGUCGCUCGAAAGAAUUUCGAGUUUCUUGGAGACUCGCUUGGAAAAUACACCUUUUGUUCUAUGGUUUAUUGAGGGGUCACAUACUUCCUUAUUUCGAGAAAAUACAAGCGCCGACAGCGAUGAGAUAGUCUCCUUCUACAACGGAUUGCUCCCCAAGUUUGCCCAUCAUUUCACAAUUGAGCAUACACUAAACAAACGUGGCAUUCCAACGGUGCCUGGAGGCCCUAGUCUCGACGCCUCUGCGUCCACUCCAAUUUUCCGCAUUAUGCCAGAUAUGGUAAUCAAGCUGAUUCACGUGGCUACAAAUACACACAGCAAUAUCUCGGAGAUUAUGGGUACCCUUACUCGUUACGCAAUAGACGCCAAGACAAGAAAAGGCAUAGAGGACGCUUUUCACAGGUUUUUAUUCCCCGUGGCUCGUGGGAUUUGUCACCAAAUUGAAGCCACAAAACGGCCCUCCACCGCUGACGAAAAGCGCUUCAUCACCACCUUGCUUUCAUCGUAUUUGACAGACUAUGUCAAAGAUCGCCCUUUACCUCCACCACCUGAUUGGAAAGCCAGGACUACCCUCGAAUGUAGCCCAUUUUGUCUGUGCUGUAUCCCCGUGCGAAGGUUUAUCAACUCUACUCAACAGAGCAAGUCCUUUGUAAUGUCAGAAGAGUACAUAGAACAUGUUGAUAUGAAACUCGACAAGGGGUAUUUCAGGACAAAGGCAUUUCAAGAGGGCUCGCACCAAAAACUCUAUAUCGAGAAAACCGAACAAGCCAUGGCUAUUCUCAAUAUGGGGCCAUGA